UGUAAACAGUUCCGAUCGUAUUUGUAUGGCAGGAAAUGUCAGGUGCGCACCGACCAUUAUGCCCUGCAGUUUCUCCUUACAUUCAAGGAACCGCGGGGGCAGAUGGCCCGAUGGCUGGCGCAGCUGCAGGAGUACAACCUGCAAAUAGAGUACCGAGCCUGGCGUACGCACGCAAUCGCGGACGCCUUGUCAAGUCGCCCCGCGGUGUGCGCCGAGACAAGGGUGGAGGAAGUCUGCCCGUGCUUCACGGGGGGCCAUUGCCGGCAGGUGGUGGGCCCCCAGGAGCGCACCGAGUCUACCCCCCCCCCCCCCCGUGAGAGACAGUGCAGUAUGCGCAACAGAGACCCCGGCAGGGGGAACCAGGGACCCGGUGGACAACUCGACGGGCAUGGAGCCCACACCCUGGGGCCCGACGUGUCGCCCAACCCCACCCGAUCGGAUCCAGGAGGACGUCGGCUGCGCCUUCCCGGGCCUGGACGACGAGCAGCUGAGACGGACCCAGCUGCGGGAUCCAGAUCUGGCAGCGGUGGAGACGGCCCUACGGUAGAAGAAGGAUGUCCUACCGGGACCCUGGAGUGGUUUGUAUGCCUGGUUGUGCGUGCAGAACGGGGUAGUAUGGGAAAUAACCGAAGCCGGCCAGCCGGGAUGCAACUGCGUUCCCGCCCAGGUGCGGCCACAGCUGCUAAGUCUGGUACACGACCACCCGCUCGGGGGCCAUGACGGGGAGCAUCGCACUCGGGAAACCCUGCGUCACCAGUAUCUCUGGCCCAAGUUGUCACAAGACGUGGCCACCUGGGUGCAGGGCUGCCGCGCGUGUCAGCAAUGCGGGCCGAAACCGGCGCGCUAUCAGGUACCCCUGAGACCGUUCCACGUCAGCCGAACGAACCAGCUAGUUGGGAUCGACCUGCAGGGACCAUUCCGCGAUUCCACCGGGGCAACCGGUAUGUUCUCGUAGCGGUGGAGUACUUCACACGCUAUCCUGUAGCGGUGGCCAUCCCCGAAAAGACAGCCCUCAUAGUGGCCCGAGCGUUCGUUGAACACUACGCACUUAAGCAUGGGAUCCCCGAGCGACUCAUUACUGAUCAAGGUAGUGAGAUCGAUGCAGAGCUAUUCCAUGCGCUGUGCCGGGAGUUCGGAAUCCAGAAGGACCGAACUACGGCGUAUCACCCCCAGGCAAAUGGGAUGGUAGAGAGGAUGAACCAGACCCUAGCCGGGAAGCUUAAAUGCAUGGCGGCCGCGAAUCAACAGGACUGGGACGAACAUCUUCGCUACGCUCUGUUCGCCUACGCCACCAUGGUACACACAUCUACGGGACAGACCCCGUUACUAAUGAUGUUUGGUCGAAAGUCUCACCUGCCUACAGAUCUGCUGUUCGGUGUCCCUCCGCCGCAACGGGAGGAAGGGAGCUGCCCCAUGGACCACCUGAUGGAGACCCUACGAGAAGCUAGGGUCCGGGCCUGCCCGCAAGGCGAGACCGCACACCAGCGGCAGGAGUGGAGCGCCCGACCCCGAAUGGAACCCCCCUUCUACUCGGCGGGCUCUAAGAUGGCCAAGGCUGAAGAGAAGGUGGGCUCCAGGAGCGACGUGCAAUGGAGUGCGCUGCCCACAUCGGACGGCGUUGCCAUCGCCAGUAGUAAAACCCCACGAGAAAUCUUGAAGCUCUUUGGGGAUUUCCUGACCCCCACCGAGAGAAGCGAGGUCCUCACCGUGAAUAACGUCUGGUAUUUCGGCGUCCAUAACAAAGGCUUUGGCACCCAGAACCAUGGCUACGAUGAUGUCUACAACCAUUAUGUCUCGGUCGAGCAUGAGCACCUCAAUUUCCGGUAUGAGGUGCUGAAGAAGGUGGUCGGACCUUACAGCCAGAUCUUCAAAUGCCGUGACCACAAGACCAACACCCGAGUGGCUGUGAAGAUGUGGAGACAGUCAUUCAGUGCUGAGGAAGACCACAGCCAGUGGAUGGAGUACCACAUCUUGCUCCAACUUCAGGACUGGGCUAAUGAUGAUGUCAACGUUGUCAGAAUCCUCGACUUUUUCACCUUCAGGGGUCACAACUGCCUCGUCAUGCAGCUCAUACCGAAAAGACGUCUGUUAAGUGCCGUUGAUUGCACGGCACCCCAGCACAUGGAGAUGACAAUGGUGAAACUCUUCACCAAGUCCAUUCUCAAAUUCCUCAUUCAACUCCAUGCAAAGGGAAUCGUGCAUGGGGACAUCAAGCCGAGGAACAUGUCGAUUAAAGAGCCUGGGGCAGGGACCAUCCGGAUGAUGAGUUUUGAAAACAGCUUUUUGGUGGGACGCCAACGUUCACAGAUUUUUUGUUCCCACGCGUACCUUGCCCCAGAGGCGUACCUGGGCCACAUGUCAUCUUUCCCGGUUGACAUGUGGGGACUGGGUUGUACAGUGGCCGAGUUGGCUACUGGACGCAUCCUCUUUCCGGCCAUCAACAAACACGACCAGCUCCCGUGUUAUAUGGAGACCCUCGGGAUGCCUCCUCAGAAUUUGAUUGAUGGCGCGCCUGGGAGAAACAAGUACUUUGAUGGUUCGGGGAUGCCUUUGAUGUCCGGACAAAGCAGGGUCCCAGGCAGUCACCCCCUCUACCUGGCACUCGGGAGCCAGGACACGGAGUUCCACGACUUCAUUAGCCGCUGCCUGGAGUAAGAACACACCCCCGCCCCCACCA